AGCGUGGUCAGGACUCUGCUUGUUGUCUCUGUUAUUGACAGACACCUGAGGCACUGUGUGGGUUGAUGACUCACAAAUCGACUGUUGAUGACUACAAAUAUUUUGUGCACGCACCCACGCUUCCCAAGCACACCGCGGCGCGCGCUUCUCUACUCCACGUGCACACUCGCACAGCAGGCAUCAAAGCCUUUACGUCAAGCCAGACAGGAAGACUAAAGCGAAUUUAAUGGCAUGAUAGCCGGGUCCUCUCGUCCCACCGAAACAAAUGCAUGCAUACUCCUCUCUCCCAUGGACGAGCUAUCCUGUUUUACACGGAUUUCGUCGUGUGCAGUGAGGCAGAGCUGAUCUUAUGGCAGACAUCAGCCCGCCUUGUACCAUCGCCCAUCUGAUCCACUGUGAGAAAAAAUAAUUCGACGAGAGAAAGUGAGAUGAAAAGCCAACAACGACCAUCACUGCUCGCCUUAUCGGCACUCCUGCUCUGCACAUUUCACCAGACAGCUGGGUCCAGCAGAUCUCAUCGCAGCAGCUCAACAUCAUCAACAACAACAUCCCCAUCAGAGGCUGGAGGCAGGAAUCAUUCAGGGACCCAAAAACAGACUAACAUCAGUUCUAACCAUGGCAAUCACAGCCUUGAAAGUAGGCCAUCGCCAAAGCUAAAAGAGGUAACAGGCCAAGCGAAUAGCUUCUCUUUCAACACCAGCAGGGGCAAUAUUACUACUGUGAUAUCUGAAAGGUUUGGCCAGGCACCAAACCGGAGCCUGGAGGAAGAGGUGUCACCACUGUGUGCCUACCGAGUGAUCGAGGGAGGCAUUGGGGGGCAGCUGUGCUUUCGACACACACUGUUUGGGCACAAGUGUCAUCAGGGAGACUGCAGGACAGUGGUGUCUUUGGGGAGUCUGGUGGCGAAUAUAUUCAUCAAUGGCAGCGUACUGUUACAGUGGACCCAUGAGGGAGAAUCCACAACGACCGGCCGAGACAUAAAGACAAAAGAGACUGCAGCUGGUGUCGGAGAUGCGGCAACAAAUUCAACAAGACAGGAAACUCUAAGGUCAAAUACUGUUUUCGGUGGCCGACGACAUCGGCGGGCAGGCUACGAGUUAAGCUGCUGGUGGAAUGGAAGCUACACUCAGUUUGAGUGUGCUGGUGUCCAUCUUGGAUCUGGCUGCAGGGACUUUCUCUUCACUGAGCUGCAUGAGAACAUCCCCUACCGCUUCUGCCUGCGCUCCCUGACCCGCCCAGAUCAACCUCAGAAAACAGACCAGCGGGACUGUGUGGAGUUUACCCUGCCGCCGUCUGGGAUGCAGGACAUUGUGAUUGCCAUGACAACGGUUGGGGGAGCUAUUUGCGUGAUGCUGGUCAUCAUCUGCUUGCUGGUGGCGUACAUCACAGAAAACAUCAUGAGCCCUACGACGCAGCACGCAUACUCCUACCGCACUCACUCGCGUCACUGAAGUGACACUGAUGCACCUACAUUUAACAUCCAUGGUGACCAUAUCUAAUCUCACAGUCAUAGUCACUCACUGUCAGUUAUACUUAACUUUUCAAUCAUCCACUUAAUGAUAUACACAUCCUGUUAUGACUGAAUUGAAGCACAAACAAUUGUGGCUCUGCAAAAAAAAAACAUGCCUUGUCAACCUCUGCGAGGAUGCACUGAACCAAAAGUACUGAUAACCUGCAUUUACUAUUAACCAGUAGUUUACUGUGUUAUGUUUCUGUUCAAGGUUGUCUCUAAUUGAGUCUGUCAAUCUGUGUGCUGGCAGCAUUUAUACAGCAAUACAACUAAUUAAAUGGCUUUUGAGUGCAUCAGAAACAGCAGUUUUUGCUAAACAUGCAGUCGGUGGAAGUGUCCGGCCCUUGUUGCGGCACAGGAAAAUAAAAUGUGACUGAAUUUAAUUUUUCGACAGGACUACACCAUCCCAUCGUCUAGUUUUGCUUUUGGGUUUGCAUACAGUAUGUAUUUGUACCAUUUUGUGAAGGGCAAUACAAUCUGGUGUACAAUCUCCAAAUACUGUGCCAAACAUCUUGAGUUAUGUCCUGCUGUCAGUGAAUAAAGUACCAUGAGGUCAUUUGUAAUA